UAGAAAAUAAGGACAAAAAAUAAGCGUCAUUAGCUAAUAACUUAUAUUACUUUGCAGAUUAACUAUGAAAGUUAUUAUAGAAAUACUUAAUGACUUUCGGGGAUUUGUUUAAACAAUAGACAACAGGUAUUUUGGUUCCUGCGAAAUCUAUUAUAAUGAGCUCUAGUAAUAACAAGUCGUGGUGAUACUUUUAUUGCCCCUGAUAAACAAUUGAGCUUAAGUCCGCCUAAUUCCCGUCUGUAGUUUGUACCGGGGAAGGUGAUUUGUAGAAGAAGAUGGUAAAUUAGAAUCAGUAUUCAACGAGUGUUUGUCCAUGCAACUUCUCCCAAAUAUAGGGUUAAAGUACCGGAGAAUGCCACCUCAAAUAUGCAGGACAUGCAGGAUGCCGCGGAAGCGCUUCUCUCUUUACGCGGAGAGAUUGAAAUUAGAGCGGAAUCUUCAAACAGUUCCACGUUAACUGAAGGAGAACGAAACGCAGUGCAAACUCUAAUAUUGAGCGCAUUAUUCGUACCAAAGACGACCGAAACGAAAAAUUCGAGCCGCAAGCAGAGUUCUACGGAAACGCCAAUUACGCCAAUUCCAAAAACUGAAACUUUGGUUUGCAAAUACUGCCGCGGUAUAAACUACUAUAAGAGUCAUGAUCAAUUCAACACAUCCAAACAAGUGAGUGUGGUAAAGAAAUUAGAAUCACUCUGCAAAGAAAACGGAUCUCAAACCACCCAACAAGAACGACCAAAGGCAAAGGGAUGUGAUGCAAGCACACAGACCGGUGACUCAGCGACUGAAGCAGAUUCCACAUUGGAGGACACGUCUACUAAAAUCACAAGUGUGAAAGCAGAAAGGAUAACUCCACCGUCAACUUCUAAAUCUAGUUAUACUAAAUCACCAAAUCCUAAAAGACAGAGGGAAUAUGCAAAUAACAGUGUCACCAGCAAAAGACAAUCACAAUACAUUCGUAACAGUCUUUCGAGUUAUGUUGAGAGUGACUUCGAGUCUCCUAAAAAGAAAUCCAAGAAAAACGUAACGCCGCGUGAAAUAAGAUUAUACAACAAAAAAACGUUAAAAACUACAAACAAAGCUAAUUUAAACGGCGAUUUGGUUCCUAUUGGUGAUGGACAUGCAUUAGUUCCAAACCGUCUACUAAAACAUAUGGAUUGGACAUCGUACACAAAUGCAACCAGAAAACUUCUGAGGGCAGUGUUUUCAAGAAGUGUACUGGCAACACAUUCUCUCACGGGGAAACCAUCACCGGCAUUUCCGAACAAGCCAGCAAAGAAACAAUUAAAUCCAAUGCUUGUGAAUGACAUAGUUCAAACUGUUGUGGAUAAUUGUCGGGUUCCGGAGAGCGUUAUAUCAUCGCUGAAUAACGUAGGACGAAGACAACAAUCCAAAUAUCUCAAUUUAGUUGAAACUUUUUACUAUGUUACGCUCUCCGAGAAUAAAUCAACGAUCGCGAAAGAGAAACCGGAAUAUGUGUUUUUUAAUGUUACGUUCAAUUUGAAUCCUGUGGAUGGCAAUUUCAAUCCUUAUGAGCUUGUCGGUAGAAUUCAAAAAUAUGUGGAGUCAUCCCUGGGCUGGUCGGGCGAGCGCGGUGAGGAUUCCAGUUAUGACUCGGAGUGCGACGAUGAUGGAGGGCAUCGGACCGCCUCCCGCACGCCAUCGGACACGCUCGCGGCAGAAUUCGCGGAGUACGUCACACUAGCGCCACCACCACAGCCUAACCAGGUUGCAUCGCUAAUUGAUGCGUCCUCGAUUCACGAGAUGUUUGCUAUUUCAGACUGGCCAUAG